GAGGCGGCGGCCGCGGCGCUCGUCAUGCGGGGCCGGCCGGCGGCGGGAAGCGGCGCGCGGGCCGCAACAUGGCGACCGCCAUGUACCUGGAGCACUACCUGGACAGUAUCGAGAACCUGCCCUGCGAGCUGCAGAGGAACUUCCAGCUGAUGCGGGAGCUGGACCAGAGGACUGAAGAUAAGAAGGCAGAGAUCGACAGCCUGGCCGCAGAGUACAUCGAGUCGGUGAGGAACAUGCUGCCUGCAGAGAGAGUGGAACACCUCAAGAAGAUCCAGAGUGCCUACAGCAAAUGCAAAGAGUACAGCGAUGACAAGGUGCAGCUGGCCAUGCAGACCUACGAGAUGGUGGAUAAGCACAUCCGGCGGCUGGACGCGGACCUGGCGCGCUUCGAGGCGGAUCUGAAGGACAAGCUGGAGGGCAGCGACUUCGAAACCCCCACGUCUCGCAGCCUCAAAAAGGGACGAAGUCAGAAGGACAAAAGAGGCUCUCGGGGUCGAGGCAGGAGAACGUCUGAAGAGGACACACCAAAGAAAAAGAAGCUGAAAGGAGGGUCAGAGUUUGCUGAUGCCAUCCUGUCAGUGCAUCCCUCUGAUGUCCUGGACAUGCCAGUGGACCCCAACGAGCCCACCUAUUGCCUGUGCCACCAGGUGUCCUACGGGGAGAUGAUCGGCUGCGACAACCCUGACUGCCCAAUUGAAUGGUUCCACUUUGCUUGUGUGGACCUCACCACCAAACCAAAAGGGAAAUGGUUUUGUCCUCGUUGUAUUCAGGAAAGAAAGAAAAAGAAGUAGAGGGGAAUGCAUCCUGUGAGGCAAGAAGAGUUUAAUAUAUUCCUGCAUUCAUGUUGCAAUAUGAUCUUUGAUUUUUUGUUGCUGGUGUUUUGUUUGUACCCUGCCCUCCUUCCCUCUCUGGUGUGAGGUUCAGUGUCCACUGGCCAGUUGUAAUUGCUGUUCUGUUGUAAGGAAAUGACUUUGGGGGUCCCAAAUCCCUUUGCCACGGGGCUUUUGGUGAUGCCACACUUGCACAGCACUGCAGUGGGUGUUGCUGUGAGAGACUGGGGCAGGCAGUGGCUGUGGUCUCUGCUGCUUUGUGGGAGUCUGUGACACUGUGAGGCACUGCAGGAGAGGGAAACACCCGCUGCUUCUGCCAAAUAGCUUGGGCCUGGAGCCUGCUGUGGCAGAGGAGAAGGGAUUUUCUUUGAUGGGGCCUGCUUGAAAGAGGCAGGCUCCAUUGUCUGUGUGUGAAUUCCACUUGUGGUGUGAGUUUGUAGAACAGGAGAGCUGCUUAAAUGCUUUCCAGCACCUUUCCUCAAAGCCAAGCACCUGCUCCUGUCAGACAGGGGGGAGUUGGGAGAGAGGUGUGCUCACAGCUUCUCUCCUGGGGAAUGUCUUCUGUCUGCCUUUGCACUGCCUUUGUUUCACCUGUUCUUGCCCCCAUUCAUGUGAACCUUAACAGAAACCAAACGUUGGGCUUUUCACCUCCUUCUAAGAAGGGUUUGUCUCUUCUGGGGAGAGAAGUUGUGCCUGUCCCAGAGCUGUGCUGCAGUGCUGCUCAGUGACAGGGACACGGCCAGGGCAGGUUGCCUUUUCUGGCCCUCCUGUUCCUCUGAAGUACAUUACUGUGAGGGUGAUGAAAGCUGCAGUGUUCUUCUGGAGACAGGUGUGAUUUAUUGCUGGAAUAAGAUGAAGGCCUGAGUGUUUGUGUUUGCCUGUGUUGCAGCAGGGUAAAUGAGGAAGACAAGCUUGAGGGGAAGGCUCUGUGGGAUGAUGACUGGAGGGCAGCCCGCUGGGGCUCUGAGGAGGAGCCCUGCUGGUGCAGAAAGCCAUGCAGCAGGAAUGUCCUACAAUGGCUUGUCUUGUUUUAUUUCAAUGGGGACACAUUUGCAUGUUCUUGACUUCUUUAAGCUGCCUUUCAGACUGUGAAUGUGAAUCCUUGCUGUCACAACAGAGAGGGGUGCUGCAGGGGAAGGGAGAGAGGGAAAGCAGGAGCAGCAAAACAAAAGUCUUUCAGUUUUCCUCCUUCCUCUUGGAGUGGAAGUGGAAGUUGAGGCAAGAGCAGAGAGGCUCUUGUCUUCUCUCUCCCUUUUAUCAUGGGCUUACAGUAAAAAGUGUGAUGGGGAAAGGGGUUUCUGCUGGUGGAGGGGAGAAAAAAGCCUCCAACAGACCCUGUCCGUGCAGCAGCAGGGCUGGGGGUUCCUUCCCCCCCGGGGUUCCCCCCACAGUGUUCUGGGCUUUGCUGGCUGUUGCUGCAGCUCAGUGCAGAGCUGUGUGCUGCUUUACACACCCCUGUGCAGCAGCUCUGGGUGAGGGCUGCUGGAAGGCCAUUCAGAAGCAUACAGAUAAGCUUUAGCUCUGCCCUACAAGCAGUCUGCAGAGACAGUACACAAGAGGAAAAUAAACCCACCUCUAGUCUGAUUUUGGCACCUGUUUCCAAAAGAAAAAAGGGACCUUUUCUCCCCCCUCACUGUUUUACUGACCCUUUUCCUUGUGUUUUGCAAUGAGGGAAAGUACAAAACAGCUCUUGCCAGUUUCCCUUCCCUACUUUGGGCUUUGUAGUCGCUGCAGGUACUUCGAGAGUGGCCUGGAAGGAGCCUCUUGGUGCCCAGACAGCUCUUCUGUGAAAGUUUUGAUUUCAUUGCAUUUGCUGUGGGUGGAAAAAACCCCAAACCCAGACCUGCCUCCAAAGUCCUGUCAUUCAAAGUGUGGGGCCGUGUGUGCCUUCACUCUGCUGCAUCUCUCCACAGGGGUGUGUGAGGCUCCCAGGCUCAGCCCUGGGGCUGGGGCUGUUUGUUGCUGUUGGAGAGGGGCCCUGAGAGCGGGCAGCAGAGCAGCAGCAGCUCCCUGAAGGGAAGGAGAAUGAGCACAGCCAUGCAGCCCUUGGCUCAGACACACAGUCACCCUCUUCUUUCUGCCUCUCUUCUGGAGAACACAGUGAAUUGUGAUACCUCAUGAGCAGCCUGUGGUGCAGUGAGCAGGGAGUGGGACUGUCCCUCAUUGCCAGGGCUGCUGCUGCUCCUCUGUUGUCCCCUUCCAUCCAGUGCUGUUGUUUGUCACUUCUCUGUUUGAGCUAAGGCUUUAUGAGUAGUGGUAUUACCAUAGCUUGAUUCAAAUCAAGUGCUUGAUCCCCAGACUCCCCCUGCAGCCUCUCUACUGGGGGUGAGUGUGGGGUGACCCCCCUCAGCUUGGGGCAGGACAGCAGAGCGUCAGCCAGCGCUGCUGGGGGCUCACAACAGCAGGCACUCUGCGUUUCCACCAGCAAAGGAGAGGGAGAAAUAAGCUCUAGCAGUAACUGUGAGCCCUCAGAGGGGACCCUGCACAGGCUGGGUCCAGCCUGCCCCUUUUCCCUGUGACGUUACGUCUCGAAUGUGUCGGAACAUCCCCCGUAAGGUACCAGCAAUAAUCCGUCCCGCGCGGGGCACAGCCGUGGGGGCUCCCACGGGCUCAGGAGCGUCUCUUGGCCGCCUGCACUCGGCUCCAGAGAUGGUUUUUUAAACUCCUUUUAGACAGAAAUACCAGCAGCCUUCAUUUCUGCCUCCAAAGGGAUCGAAACCCUUCUCCUGAAUGUUGAAUGUACCGUGGUAAAUCUGCUUCUGUGGAGAAGGGAGACCGAGACUGUGAGACAGCUCAAGGAAUGUUCUGCUGAAGGUUGUCCAAAGGCCCCCUGGGCUUCAGCUUUGGGCUUCAGCUUCAGCACAGCUCAGCCAAAGGGGAGGCAAAGUGACUUUAACCCCCUUGUCCUUAUCUUGGAAAGGAAUUCCGCCCGUGUUCCCUUUCUACGUGGCAGAGUGUAAAUCUUUGUAUUGAAAACAAAGGACUGUAAAGCUACCAAAUGUACAGCUGUAUUUUUGGAUCACGGAAUAGAGAAUGGAUAUAUUGUUAUAAAUAAAGUAUUUUUGGGAACAGAG